CAUCGCUAUAUGUGCUUUUAACUGUUCAAAGGGCAUUGUAUAGUGAUUUUGAGUGAGAUUUUUCAGAUGCCAUUACGAGGUGUUAAGGUUUUAGAGUUUGUGGGAUUAGCUCCUGGGCCAUUAUGUGGCAAAAUACUUACAGAUUUCGGUGCUAGCGUAACCCGCAUAGACAAGGUACUAAAUAAUUCCUUCGAUGUUCUGCAUCAUGGUAAGAACACUGUGGUGAUUGAUAUAAAAAAGACGGCAGGUCAGCGGAUUGUACAGCGGCUUGCUCGAAAAUACGAUGUCAUAAUUGAACCAUUCCGCCCCGGUGUCAUGGAAAAGCUUAAUUUGGGACCUGAUCUAUUGUGCUCUACCAAUCCGCGCUUAAUUUAUGCGCGUCUGACAGGAUUUGGACAACAAGGCCGACUUGCAAAUCGUGCCGGACAUGAUCUAAAUUAUGCAGCCAUAUCUGGGGUACUAUCGAUGCUGGGUCGUGAGCACGAGAAACCAACGGCACCCAUCAAUAUUUUAGCAGAUUUUGCAGGUGGAAGUGUUAUGUGUGCAUUGGGUAUAUGCUUGGCAUUGUUAGAACGCUAUAAAUCUGGAAAAGGUCAGGUUGUGGAUGCAGCGAUGGUUGAGGGCGCUGCAUACGUUGCCAGCUGGUUAUUUAUGUCCAGGAAUCUCGACAUUUGGAGUCAGCGAGAACAGCGUGGAACGAAUUUGCUUGAUGGUGGCGCUUACUUCUACGACACCUACAAAACAAAAGAUGGCCUUUUUAUGUCGGUGGCUGCAUUGGAACCGAAAUUUUUUGCUUUAAUUAAGGAUCGCUUGAAUUUACCUGAAGAACUGUCGCAAUAUGGAGAACAAGAUCAAGCCCAAGGUAGACAGCUAUUAACGGAUAUAUUUCUGACAAAAACGCAAGCCGAAUGGUCAGAAAUAUUUGAAGAUAUAGAUGCUUGUGUCUAUCCCGUUUUGGAUUGGCAGCAAGCCCAUAAGCAUGACCACAAUGCCGAGCGUCAUUCUUUUGAGCGAGUUGACGAUAAUUGGGCGCCUCGUCCGGCACCUCGUUUAAGUCGGACGCCUGGUAAGCUACGCACAACUACAGAAACUGAUGUAAAGAACUUCCUUGAUGAGCUGGACGUAAAACCGGAGAAACUACGGCAAUUGCAAGAAGAGGGAGUAUUAAUAUUGCCGAUUAGGCAAAAACUGUAGCUAACUGUAAAUAAAAGUCGUCUUCAAAAAGUUUUUAGCAUUCAAAAUACUUUUAUUAUUUUCCUUGCACACAAACACAAUUACAAUUCUUAUUCAUCACGUACAAACUAUCAGUCAUCCAUUGCUUAAGAUCAUUUAAGCCGCAUUUUAAACAUACUUUUCAUUUAACAAAAUAAUUCUCAUUUUUGCAUUAUAGAAAUCAUUAUGGUUUUAUUCCAUUUGAUUCAAGAACAACUUGACCAGACGAGAAAUUUCUAUUCAGAUUCACACUCUUCACGCAUGCUAAACUAUUCGCACACACGCUUUGUGGUAAAUGACAAUAGAGAAGAUACACCAUACUCACUUAAUUGUUAAUCAAUUGUUUUUAAUUCAAUUAUUUUUGAAGCACCGCGCGUCAGCGUAACCUUUUCAUAAUAAUUUCAUUAAUGUGAAUGUAUGUUUACGUAUUAGGUAUGUUUACAUACACAUAUGCA